AUGCCUUCUAAGAAGAAGGGGACCCCGGUCACCAAUGCUGCAAAACCUCAGGCUCUCCCUCUUACCCACGACUCCUCCAAGAAUGGCGAUACCACCGAAUCUGCUGCGGAACUUCCACAGCCUCAAAUAAACCGCAAGAAGCAGAAGAGACGGCAGAAGGAGGCUGCCAAACGAGCUGCCGAGAACGACAUCCCUUCAUCGAACGGACAGCAGCAGAACGGUAUCCUUCCUCCCAUCAAACAAGGUCGAGGCCCUGUCAAGGGUUAUUUUACCGAGGAGCCCGAUUAUAUCGAACCUCAAGAUCCUUCAACAUACCCCGAGCUUGGAAGCCCAGAAGAAGCCUUCUACAGCGGUGAUGAUGACCCAGCUUAUGCUCCCCAUGACGAGUCCCUGCAUGACAGCUCAUGGCUACAUACAAGCAAACGGAAGAAGUCCAAAAACAAAAAGAACCACCUGGAUGACUCAAAUCCCAUCUCAAGAACAUCAACCGCCUUGUCCCGUUCCAACAUUCCUCCCAUGUCCAAUGCCGCCAUUCGCGCUUCUCAUAAACUGUCAAAUGACCAGAUCUGGAAUACUUCUACUCAGGCUGAGCGAGAGAAUAUUAAGCAAUUUUGGCUGGAAUUGGGCGAGGACGAGCGGCGGUCGUUGGUCAAAGUGGAGAAGGAAGCCGUACUGCGAAAGAUGAAAGAACAGCAAAAACACUCUUGUAGUUGUUCGGUAUGUGGACGUAAGCGGACCGCGAUCGAGGAAGAACUUGAAGUCCUCUACGAUGCAUAUUACGAGGAACUCGAACAGUUUGCGAAUCACAACGGCGAUAUUUCGAACGCUCCCCAACUAAUGGCUCCCGCUCGGACACCAUUCAGACGAGUCGCUCAACCCAUGGCAGGCUCCUACCCUUCCCGGGGAAGAGUACAUGAGGUUGAUGAGGAUGAGGAUGACCUUGAGGACGACGACGAAUAUGACGAUGACGAUGACGAACCUUACAGCGACGAAGAAGGCGACUUUGACGGUCAUGGUCUACCUCCAGGUCCACCCGAUUUCUUCCAGUUUGGGAAUAGCUUGACGGUCAAGGAUGGCAUUCUUACUGUGGCAGACGAUCUGUUAAAGAACGACGGCAAGCACUUCAUAGAUAUGAUGGAACAGUUGGCUGAGAGGCGAAUGCAACGUGAGGAAGACAUUCGCUACCCUUCCUCUGCAUAUGCUCAUCGUGAUAUUCAUCAAGGUCACAAUCAUCCUCCUAUAGACGAUGAUGACGAUGAUUAUGACGACGAAGACGAUGAGGAGUACGAUAGCCAGGAGGAGGACGAUUUCGAGGGCGACGAAAUGGACUCCAUGACCGAAGAACAGCGAAUGGAAGAAGGUCGACGGAUGUUCCAGAUAUUUGCCGCUCGGAUGUUUGAACAACGUGUUCUAACGGCAUAUCGAGAAAAAGUUGCCGCCGAACGUCAAAAGAAAUUACUCGAAGAACUGGACGAAGAGUCUCGACUUGACAUCCAGCGAGAAGCAAAGAAAGCCCGUGAGGCUGCCAAGAAAAAGGAGAAAAAGCGACUCCAGAAGCAGGCCAAAGAUGAAGAAAAGGCUAAGAAGGAUGCUGAGAAGCUUGCUCAAGAAGAGUCUAUUCGGAAACUUGAAGAAAAGCGGGCAGAAGAGCAGCGUCGACGUAAGGAGGAGCAGAGAAAGAAGCGCGAAGCCGAGAAGAAAGCUGCCGAGGAAGACAGACUGAGGAAAGAGGCAGAAAAGCACCGAAAGCAGCAAGAACAGCGCGAGCGACAAGCCGAAGUCGAAAGAAAACAGCGUGAAGCGAAAGAACGGGAUCGCCUAAAACGAGAGGAAGCCAAGAAGAAAGAACGUGAUGAACGAGAAGCAAAAGAAACAGAGGCUAGAGAACGAAAAGCCAAGGACGACAAAGAGAAGAAAACCAAAGAAGACCAAGCCAGAAAGGAAGCAUCUGUGAGGACCGAGAAGGAAAGCAAAAACCAUGUUGGUCAACAUCUGCCUCAAAAGCACCAACCAGUGGCACUUCCACCUGGUCUACAUCCUGCUCCUAAGCCUUCAAACGUUCAGUCUCCUCAUUUCCAAAUUGCAACACCUGUUGUCCCUCCCAAAGUUCCGACACCCGGUCGAAAUCGGCAGACUUCUCAACCCGGACAUCAAUCACACGGCUCUUCCCCACGAUCUCAGAAGGCGAGCACGGAAAUUUCGAGGAGUUCCGCUUCACCUGCAACUGUAUCAAUGCCUCAGACUCCUGGACCUCCGCAAACGACAAAGACACAUGGUCACCCACCUGUCUUGCACCAUCCUCAACCGUCAGCCCCUAGGUCUCCUCUUAACAAUCAUGGCCGCGGUCAGUAUCCAUUUAACAUGAAUGGCCUUCCUGGCCUGGGUGUCAAUGGAGCUCCUAUGGGACCUGGCAUGAUGCCAAACAUGAUGCCACCCAUGCCCAUGUACCAAGGUCCACCUCUGGGGAACCAGCAGAGGUUUGCACCAAAUGGAAUGCAAUAUCCGCCAGGGUUUCCGCGACCAUAUCAAGGACACCAGAUACCAUUUGUGCCUCCCGGCCCAGGUCAAGUCCCAGGGAUCCCGAAUCCACAGCCAGUCUCAAAACCACCGCCACAUUCGCGACAACCAUCUGGCGAUGCUACAGGUCAACCAGCACCUAUCGCCCGACCUGGACCUAUUGCUCGACCCUCAAGUACCACUCCUGAUAAGCAAAAACAUCAACAAAAAUCACCGGAUGCAGAGCUCGACCAGCUAACUACCCAACUUGGAAGUAAGGCACUCUUGGACGAUUCAGAUGAGCCUUUCCUAGGGGCUCCUGAUGGGCGCAUGACCCUUCCUGCUCUUGGUCCACCGGGAUCCUCGAGAAUGCCUUUUGCAAGCGGGUUUGGAGAACCUAAACAAGAAGCCUUUGGCUUGGGCACUCCUGGCUGGGGCGGUUUCAACCCUGUUGUACCGGCGGCGGGAAAUUGGGGACCUCCUCCAAAUGCGCGUGCGAACGCCGGCUGGUCACAACCGCCCUUUGGAGCUAUUGGUAGCGGACCCCAGCCAAUGUCAAGGCCCCACCUUCCACGGCCGGUAUCCGUCAGACUCAUGCUAGUUCAGGCUUGUCGUCAACUAUCCAGUAUGCCUGGAGGAAGUCCGGACGGCUAUCACCCUGUGCAAAGUGUUGUUCGCCAAGUCAAUUCCAUCAAAGAUCCUAGCGAAGCGGUUGUGUCGAUGGAGGAGAUGUUGGGCAUUUGCGACACGGAAGGCAAUUCCCAGAAUGGUGGUGGCUCCUUUGAGGUAAUAAUCGACAAAACGAGGGGACAUGUCCUCAAAUUUGUCGAGGAGGCAUCCAAUCAGCCGAGGAAUAGCGUUGGCGAGAUUCGAAGUCCCAACCUAGGACAUAGUCAACAUGUUCAAACUAGUCCUUUUGGUGGUAUCGGGCAAAACAGCUUUGGGCCUCCUGGGAGGAGCUUUUAG